AUGGCCCUGGAGCCCUGUGGCCUCCUGCUGCUCCUGGCUGUGCUUGGUGUUUCUGGCGCAGUUCUGCAGCCAGGGUGUGGCCAGCCCCAGGUUUCAGAUACAGGGGGCCGAAUCGUGGGAGGCCAUCCUGCCCCAGCUGGAGCAUGGCCAUGGCAGGCCAGCCUCCGUCUGCAGAGGGUGCACGUGUGCGGAGGGUCCCUGCUCAGCUCUCAGUGGGUGCUCACAGCUGCCCACUGCUUCUCCGGGUCCCUGAACUCAUCUGACUACCAGGUGCACUUGGGAGAACUUGAUGUCACUCUGUCCUCAAAUUUCUCCACCGUGCAGCGGAUCAUACUGUACUCCAGUCCCCCAGGGCCACCAGGGACCAGUGGGGACAUUGCCCUGGUUAAGCUGAGCACUCCCGUGGCCUUCUCCAGCCAGGUGCUGCCCGUGUGCCUGCCAGAGGCCUCAGCUAACUUCUACCCUGGGAUGCAGUGUUGGGUGACCGGCUGGGGCUACAUAAGGGAGGGAGAGCCCCUGCCGCCCCCAUACAGCCUGCAGGAGGUAGCAGUCUUGGUGGUGGACACAGACACCUGCAGCCAGGACUACUCCAGCCCGGAGGGCAGCGCCAUCCAGUCUGACAUGCUGUGUGCUCAAGGCCCUGGGGAUGCCUGCCAGGAUGACUCAGGGGGGCCCCUGGUCUGUCAGGUGGACGGGUCCUGGCUGCAGGCUGGUGUCGUGAGCUGGGGUGAGGGCUGUGGCCGCCCUGAGCGUCCAGGGGUCUAUACUCGUGUCUCUGCCUAUGUGAACUGGAUCCACCACCACAUCCUGGCCUCAGAGGACUCUGGGUCUGCAUACCCCAGCAGCUCUGAGCUCCUCCUCCUGGUUAGCUUCUUCCUCCCUGGACUCUUCCUCCUGCUUCUCUCUUGUACCCUGGCAGCCAAGUGCUCAAUGCGCCCAGCCUGGGCCAACCCUCCCUGUGACCCCUGA